AUGACACAUAACAGUGACAGUGAAAUCGUCAUUGAUAAGCUGGCUGACAUAGAUGUCUCCAAAGAAUCAUGGAAUAUUCGUGUUCAAGUUGUCAUGAUUUGGAAACAGACAUACAAAAACAACUCAAACAUGGUCAGCAGCUUGGUCAUGAUUUUAAUGGACUACGAGGGCACUAGAAUACAUGCAACAAUAAAAAAAUCUCAUAAAUGCAUUUCAAGCCCUCCUGGAAGAAGGAGCUAUUUUAUUGGUCAAGUUGUAUCUACUGAACCCAUGAGAGUGUUUAAGGAUAAUGCAAGGGAAACAAGGCUAAUGAGUAUUGUUGCACAAGAUCUGAGCUACAUAUCUGAACAUCAAAAUGAAAAUGCUCUUGUGAUCAUCAUCCUACGUAUGGCAAAGCUCAAGACUUGGGGUGGUCAACCACAAGUCGGUAACUAUUUAUUUGGGUCGAGAUUGCAUAUUAAUGAUGAUAUGCAUCAUAUUUCAGAAUUUAAAAAGGUCAUUGCUCAUAUCGAUUUGAAUGUUGAGUCUUCCAUUAAUACUACACAACUUAAUACAGAAAUUGUUGUGGCCAAGCCAGAAGAUUACUACCUCCGUUUUCAAAUCAAAAACAUUGAUGAUAUUCCAGAUUACAAUGAGGAUCAAGGACGCCAAAAGAUCCCCGAUGAGUUCAAUACGAUGCUUAAUAGGAAGUUUGUUUUUAAAGUUCAAAUUUCAAAGUUUAAUCUCGAGAAUAAUUAUCACGCCUAUACCGUUCAUAAGAUGACUGAUGAUGAACUUGUAGUUGGUGCAAUUUUCAAACAUUCACCUGCAUACGAAGAAAACAGUAUUCAUUCUGAUGGUACUCCUAUCAACAAGUCUAUUAAGGAAAAUAGUGUUCCUGUUGAAGGUGACAAUAUUAAUGUUGUUGAUCUUGAUGCGGUGACACCGACAACUACUUCACUGAAACGCCCUAUUGAGAUUGUUACCACCACUGAAUCGUUUGAAUGGUCUUCCUCAAAAGAUGGUGUUGCUCCUCAUACCCUUAAGAUUCCAAAAUUGGAAAAACUUGAAUAA